UGUGUCUUCACCCACAGUGGAACUUGAUGCUUGGUUCUGCCUGGCCUUACUAUCCUGGGUGGACGUUGUAUAUGAGAGACGGGUGGUGUUGGCUUUGUUUCUGUGGGCUGCUGUCCACUGUAGCGGUGUAAACUGAGGAGACCCUUGUAGACUAAGAGGACAGGGCGAGGUGGGGUGAGGGACAUGGCGUCCCUCCUGAUGCGUAUCUUCCGUCUGGGGCCGGAGAAGAAGAGGGUGAAGCAUUACGAAAACCUCCGGAGAGACGUGGACCCGCGAGAGACCUGGGACACCCAGGGGGAGCUGGGAGAUGGGGCCUUCGGGAAGGUCUACAAGGUACCAGCAGCCUGGGGCCCAAUGAUGCUCAACUCUUCUUUUAACUUCUGGUCUGGUCUUGUCUCCUUUCUUCUCCUCUCCAAACCAAACCCGUAAAAAGAUUACAUUUAAGAUGAAAAUUCCUAAAAUAAAAUUCUAUCAUCUCUGAUGGGAUGGAGAGGAAUGGCGCCUUACUCUGGAUUUAAUUCAAUAUGGCAAUGAUGGAGUGAAAUUAUGUCUCAGUGCAAAACAAGAGCAGUCAACUGUGUUACCAAACUUUGUAGUGCUUUUGAUUUAAAGCUGUGUUGUGGAUUUUCUCGAUGGUUGGCAGAGUAUUGCAUGCGUCAUGAGGCCAUACUGUGGUUUGUCGUUUUCCUGUCAACCCAUACAGGCUGAACUAUAACUUCCUGUCUUGACGUAUAAUCCACACGCAUCUGCUCUUCUGUUUUUGCAGAAACAUGUUGACUGUUGUUGCACUGAGCUGACUGAUUUCCGACUUUACUGUGAUGGUUUUAGUCUUCAUUUGUAAAUUGUCAAUGUAAAACACUGUUGUAUAUUAUUGAAUCCAAGAUGCGAAGAACUAGGGCCACCUAGAUUAGAGGGAUGUCAUGUGUAUCUCUCUCACUGGUAUAUGAGUUCAAGGUAUUGUUUGUGAUAUUGUGUCUUUUUUCGUACAAAGCAUUUUGAUGCAAAGCCUGCGAGAAGAUGAUGAAUAACAAAUAAUAUAUAGACUAAAGCCAGUAUACUGUAGAUGGCACCGUAGAGACCUUCAGUGUAGUCCUCUGUCUGUGUUCAGGCCCAGAACCACACCACUGGGGCCUUGGCUGCUGCUAAAGUGAUGGAGGUACGCAAUGAAGAGCAGCUUGAGGACUAUAUCACCGAGAUCGACAUCCUGGCAGCCUGCCGCCAUAGUAACAUCCUUGGGUUGUUGGACGCCACCUUCUUUGAGGAUUGGCUGUGGGUGAGGUCUUUUUCAGCUGCUUGACUCCAUUGCCAGGUGUCAAAAUUAAUGCACUGAGUCAGGACUUUUUGGAGGGGGUUUCAGUAAACUAUCCAUUAUAUAUAUACAGUAAAGGCUUUUGAUGAUUGAUUAUUGAAGAUGAAAUCUCUUUCUGUCCAAUAGAUCCUGGUUGAGUUCUGCCCAGGGGGGGCCUUGGAUGACAUCAUGUUAGGUGGGAGCCAAGCGUCAUGUACUCCUUAGUUUCCACUUCUUUCGUUUUUCCUUCUCUGGGAAGUCACUGUUGUACUUAUAUGUUAGUGUGUGUGUGUGUGUGUGAACCCCCUAGAGCUGGAGCGGGGCCUGUCUGAGCAGCAGAUCAGUGAGGUGUGCUGUCAGACACUGCAGGCUCUGUCCUACCUGCACCAGCACCACAUCAUCCACAGAGACCUGAAGGCAGGCAACAUCCUCCUCACCAUGGAGGGACACGUCAAACUGGGUACAACACUGCAUAGCACACUCCUACAACUACUGGAUUAUAAUUUUCUCUCUGUCUCUGUUCUAUUCUCUCUCUCUGAUUUUCCAUCCAUCCGUCCGUUUGUCUGUCUACCUGACUGUGUGUCUGUCUAAAUAUUAUUUAUAAGUCUAUCCUAGUGUCUCUCUUAUAGUGUAUCAGUGCCUCUCAUUGAGUCCUCUCAAAGCCCUGUUUCAAUCCCCAGCUGACUUCGGAGUGUCUGCCAAAAACACACACACCCUCCAGAAGAGAGCCACUUUCAUUGGAACCCCUUACUGGUUUGUCUUACCCCUAUCAGUUUUGUAUAUGUUUAAAUGUUGUUAGCAUGCAGCCACAUUCCCAUGUGCAUUCUUUUUCAACAACCCCAAUGUCUACAUUUGUCCGUCCGUCCCUCUGUCUGCCCAUCCGUCUGUCCCAGGAUGGCUCCAGAGGUGAUCCAGUGUGAGACCUCCAAGGAAAACCCGUACGGCCCCAAGGCUGACGUCUGGUCCCUGGGCGUGACGCUGAUCGAGGCUGCAGAGAUGGAGCCCCCUCACCACUCACUCAACCCAAUGAGGGUCCUGCUCAAGAUCACCAAGUCCCCCCCACCGACCCUCAGCAACCCACGCCUCUGGUGAGUCAGGGACAGUCAAUCAUACAGUGGGGGAAAAAAGUAUUUAGUCAGCCACCAAUUGUGCAAGUUCUCCCACUUAAAAAGAUGAGAGAGGCCUGUAAUUUUCAUCAUAGGUACACGUCAACUAUGACAGACAAAUUGAGAUUUUUUUUUCCAGAAAAUCACAUUGUAGUAUUUUUUAUGAAUUUAUUUGCAAAUUAUGGUGGAAAAUAAGUAUUUGGUCACCUACAAACAAGCAAGAUUUCUGGCUCUCACAGACCUGUAACUUCUUCUUUAAGAGGCUCCUCUGUCCUCCACUCGUUACCUGUAUUAAUGGCACCUGUUUGAACUUGUUAUCAGUAUAAAAGACACCUGUCCACAACCUCAAACAGUCACACUCCAAACUCCACUAUGGCCAAGACCAAAGAGCUGUCAAAGGACACCAGAAACAAAAUUGUAGACCUGCACCAGGCUGGGAAGACUGCAUCUGCAAUAGGUAAGCAGCUUGGUUUGAAGAAAUCAACUGUGGGAGCAAUUAUUAGGAAAUGGAAGACAUACAAGACCACUGAUAAUCUCCCUCGAUCUGGUGCUCCACGCAAGAUCUCACCCUGUGGGGUCAAAAUGAUCACAAGAACGGUGAGCAAAAAUCCCAGAACCACACAGGGGGACCUAGUGAAUGACUUGCAGAGAGCUGGGACCAAAGUAACAAAGCCUACCAUCAGUAACACACUACGCCGCCAGGGACUCAAAUCCUGCAGUGCCAGACGUGUCCCCCUGCUUAAGCCAGUACAUGUCCAGGCCCGUCUGAAGUUUGCUAGAGUGCAUGUGGAUGAUCCAGAAGAGGAUUGGGAGAAUGUCAUAUGGUCAGAUGAAACCAAAAUAGAACUUUUUGGUAAAAACUCAACUCGUCGUGUUUGGAGGACAAAGAAUGCUGAGUUGCAUCCAAAGAACACCAUACCUACUGUGAAGCAUGGGGGUGGAAACAUCAUGCUUUGGGGCUGUUUUUCUGCAAAGGGACCAGGACGACUGAUCCGUGUAAAGGAAAGAAUGAAUGGGGCCAUGUAUCGUGAGAUUUUGAGUGAAAACCUCCUUCCAUCAGCAAGGGCAUUGAAGAUGAAACGUGGCUGGGUCUUUCAGCAUGACAAUGAUCCCAAACACACCGCCCGGGCAACGAAGGAGUGGCUUCGUAAGAAGCAUUUCAAGGUCCUGGAGUGGCCUAGCCAGUCUCCAGAUCUCAAUAGAAAAUCUUUGGAGGGAGUUGAAAGUCUGUGUUGCCCAGCGACAGCCCCAAAACAUCACUGCUCUAGAGGAGAUCUGCAUGGAGGAAUGGGCCAAAAUACCAGCAACAGUGUGUGAAAACCUUGUGAAGACUUACAGGAAACGUUUGACAUUUACAUUUACAUUUUAGUCAUUUAGCAGACGCUCUUAUCCAGAGCGACUUACAGGAGCAAUUAGGGUUAAGUGCCUUGCUUAAGGGCACAUCGACAGAUUUUUCACCUAGUCGGCUCGGGGAUUAGAACCAGCGACCUUUCGGUUAUUGGCACAACGCUCUUACCCACUAAGCUACCUGCCGCCCCAGGUACCUGUGUCAUUGACAACAAAGGGUAUAUAACAAAGUAUUGAGAAACUUUUGUUAUUGACCAAAUACUUAUUUUCCACCAUAAUUUGCAAGUAAAUUCAUUAAAAAUCCUACAAUGUGAUUUUCUGGAUGAUUUUUUCUCAUUUUGUCUGUCAUAGUUGACGUGUACCUAUGAUGAAAAUUACAGGCAUCUCUCUUCUUUUUAAGUGGGAGAACUUGCACAAUUGGUGGCUGACUAAAUACUUUUUUCCCCCACUGUACAUGGAGAUGUCUCUAUUUUUAUGACUCAGUGGUGGCUGGUGGCACCUUAAAUGGGGAGGGCUGGCUCAUAGUAUCAAACACAUAAUUUCCCAUAUUGCUUUGGUCAAAAGUAGUGCACCAUAUAAGGAAUAAGGUGCCAUUUGGGAUGCAUCCCCUGACUCCCAUCCCCAUCCCCGUGUCCCUGCACUGUGUUCCCACUUUCAGGUCCUCCCAUUUCCAGGAUUUCCUGCGGAGGGCGCUGCAGAAGAACCCUGAGGCCCGGUGGGGAGCCCAGCAGCUCCUGGCCCACCCCUUCCCCUGCGCUGGACGGGACGGUCGAGCCCUGAAGGAACUCAUCGCCGAGGCCAAGGCUGAGGUGAUGGAGGAGACAGCGGUAAGAGAUGGGGGAUUCUUCCCAAAUGGCACCCUAUUCCACAUAGGCUUUGGACAAAAGUAGUGCACUAGAUAGGGAAUAGAGAUCGCCAGCUUAUAGUCCUAAAAAACUGAAAUGAGUUACCUUUAGUUCGUUCGGCCAUUCCUAUGAGAGACAUUUAUGGGGAAAGAAUGGGGUUUUGGGAUAAACGCUGAAAAUAAGGUCUGAGGUUAACACAGGCUUAGGAGAUCUUACACGUUUUGUUCUGUGAGAAAGUUAAAGUCAGUUAACAUGACCUUAUGAAUUAUGAAGCCUUUAUGCGCUUUAUGUGCUUGUUUUGAUUACAUAAAUGCUUCAAAAUUCACAAAAGGUGAUGAAGAUUAUCUCAUAGAACAAAAUGUAGAAGAUCUCCUAUGCCUGUUUUCACCACAGACAUUAUUUUUCAAAACCCCUCCAAAACCCCCAUUCAUUUCCCCAUAGGCUUUGGUCAACGAACAAUGGUGGAGUUAGUGCGUAUAGAAAGACGGCAUUACUAUUGCUCUCCAUAGAGUGCCAUUUGCGAUACAGACUUGAUUUGAGGGAAUGAUGCCUUUCUAGUGGAGAUCUGCUUCGAUCUAAAACGUGUUGGGAAAGUUUCUCUAUUUCUGCUUCUAUACAGUAUACUGUAGGUGGAAGUUCAUACAUCAACUUUCCUUUGAGUGUUUUUAUUUGUCUUAAAGUAGAUAGGACAGAACAUAGAUUCAAUUGAAAUUGCCUCCUAAAGUCAGUCUUAAAUGAACUACAAUAGUAACACAUCCUAUUAUUUUCUCUGCCAGUCCCUGAUCGACCACGGGGGCUCUCUAGAUGAGGACACAGUUGUGGUGUCGGAUGGAGGGACUGCCCAGUCUGAGCAGGAAGAAGAGACAAUGCAGGUACCAGAGAAACCUCAGGAGGGCCCAUCUAUCAUACAGGAUGGUACGAGUCCACCACCACCUCCACCCAACCCUGACCCAGUCCAUUCCUCCACACCAGUGAAAGAUGGUGGCACCGCAGGGACCAGGGUGGAGACUCCCAACACGGACAGGGCCAGAAAGCUGGCCAGGCGUCUGUCGGUCUGGGAGCCAGGGACCUUUCUCUCAUUUCUGACCUCUGGUUCUCGCCGCUGCAAGUCCGGCCUCUGGGGAGACACCCCGUCGAUUCCAGCCGAUCAGAGCCAACGGAACAAGGAGGACAGUCCCAAUGGCCAAUCAGAAGAGCAGGAAGUGACAAAUCCAGCAGGAGAGAGAGAUGCAGGGGAUGCGGAGAAGGAUCUGUGUGAGAACGUUGGGAGGGGCAGCUUGGAGGGAGGGAUCACCCAACCCAUCCCUGAAACAAAUGACACAGGAGAUGAUGCAGAAACAGAAGAAAAGGUUGAGGGGCAGAAAAAAGAGAAGGAUGAAAUUGCAAAUGACUGUGAGGCCCAAGACCUUGACCUGGAAGUGGUUUCUUCUUCUGAACAGGAAAUAGUAGGCAUCCACACUGAUAUGAACCAAAACAGUACCAAUGACUCUGUUGAUGAUGCACUUAACUCUGACGAUAAACAACCAAUGACUGAGGCUCAAUGUUCAGUUAAGGAAAUUGGUAUCCUCAAAUCAGCACCAAAUAAUGAUACUAACCAUAGGGUAGAAGAAGCUCCUCGCCAGUUAGUGCACACACUAAGUCCACUGGUUAUAGCCUUGUCUUUGGAAAUGCCCCACCCAUCCACAAAGGAGAGAGGAGAAACACAGAACUCAGUGCUAGACUUCCUGGAUCUGUCCACUCAUAACCACUUCAAGAUGGCCACCAGUGGGAACGCUGAGGAAGAGACGAAACAGAGCAAAGAGGAGAGGACUGAAGGGACAAAGGAGGAAAUACAAGAGGAGACGGGAGAGGAGGAGCAGGAGCAGGACAAGGAUGAGAAGAUUUUCGAAGAGAAUGAACUACCUGCUAAGAGAGAUGAAGUGGCAGAGCAUGAGGGGAGUAAAGUAGAAGAAAGGUAUGAGAUGCAGAUAAAUGAAGAAGGAAUACAAGACAAGACAUAUGUGGAAGAAGAACAGGAGGUCAAGGUGGAGUUAAAGACAAGCGAAGGAGAGACAAGCAACUGUCCAGACAAAGGAAUGGACUUAAAAGAACAUGAGGCAAGUCCUGAAAUGGAGGACGGAGAAUCGAAGAGUGAUAUUGAAGAGACCGUACCAUCAGAACAAACAGGAGAAAUACAGACUGAAACAGAGAAGCAAAGAAGUGAAUCAACAAUGGAUGUUGCGACCAGUGAAAAGAAGAAGAGUUUGAGGGCAAACACAGAAGAUGAAAUCCUUGAUUUCAAAGUGACUGAAUGUGAAAAUGUAGCGAGAGCAGAGGACAGAACAGAGGAAAAAGAUGAACAGAGUAAAGAGGAGGACCUUGGAUUAGAAAGUGAUAACAUAGUGAUUAUCCAAGCACAAGAAACCAAUAUGACCAUAAAGCAAGAACCGAAAGAAGAGAGAAACAAACAAGAGGACAGUAAGGGAGAAGAGAAGAUGACAGACUCCCCAACUGGGGAACCUAUGACGAGGGUGAACUUGACCUUGGAGUCAAAUAGUGGGAGGGAGGAAGGAGGGAAAGAGGAAAGAGGGAAAAAGCUGGAGGAAGGAGGUAAGGAGGAGGAGACAUGUCAGACCCAAUUAAACAUAUUGACUGAACAGAACUCAACUAGAUCGCAGGGAACAGCUACAGACACAGUACACCUGAACUCAGCAUCAAAUGGAAACUGGCACCAAGUGACAGACAAUCAACCCAAGAUGGUUGCCACUGAUGACCAAGCUGACGUGACAGAGAAAGACAACUCAGUCUCAACAAUGUCAAGACCUGUAGAGGUGAGUGAUCAGAGCAGGUUCCACCCAUUGUUUCCCCAAGUCAAUAUAAUGUAGAACACAGAACACAAAGGUACAAUUCAUUAAGGUUAAAGAGACAUUACACUCCAAAAUCAAAGUUUCAAGGGGGCUUUCAAACCUCAAAAGUAGUCUGACAAAAGUAGAUUUUAGAGUGUAAUGUCCCUUUAAGAUAAGCAAUAAGAGGUGUUGUGUGCUUCCCUAGAUAGAUUACACCAACUAAACAGAAGCACUUUGUGAGUGUAAUAUUUUAUUUGUUGUAUUCCAGGAGUUGAUCCAUAACAGGAAGACGGUCAAAAGGACCCGGAAGUUCAUGGUGGACGGCCGAGAGGUCAGCGUCACCACGUCAAAGGUCCUGAAGGAGACCGAUGGGAAAGAGCGGCACAUGCGGUCCACCAGGUAAACUUUUCCCUCUGGAAACAAGGCUUGGGCUCCAAUGAAAAAAUAACUAGAUUAAGGAUAGACUCAGAAUGUCAAAUAUGUCUUGGAUAGGAGACUUAUAAAAAUUCAUAUUCAACACAUUCACUUCAUUAGUUUGUUCAAUCUCCGGAAUCUCCCCUGUGUGUGUGUGUGUGUCUGUGUGUGUGUGUGUGUGUGUGUGUGUGUCUGUGUGUGUGAGUGCAUAUGUGUGUGCCUGACUAUGCAGGCGCCAGGAGCUGCAGGCUUUAAAGCUACUUCAGAGGGAGGAGCAGAGAGAGUACUCCCAGAUGGAGCAGCGGCUGCAGCAACAGAGAGAGAUGAUGUUCCGACAGAUCGCCCAAGAGAUGACAGUGAGUAGUGGGACCUAGAGUCCCGUUUGCGGAAUAUUUAGAUAAAGCCUGGAAUAAAAGAAAAAGGGCUACCUAUAACUCAAUUAUAAUAUAAUAUUUAGCUUCUAUAUAGCAAAUGGUAUAUACUGUAUAUUGUGUGUAGGCCUGUCUCCCACUUGAAUCUUCUCUUUGUGCCAGACUGUGUUCAAAUGCCUUCUGUUUCGUUUUUCUGUAUUUAUUUAUCUGUAUACAGUGGCUUGCGAAAGUAUUCACCCCCCUUGGCAUUUUUCCUAUUUUGUUGCCUUACAACCUGGAAUUAAAAUGGAUUUUUGGGGGGUUUGUAUCAUUUGAUUUACACAACAUGCCUACCACUUUGUAGAUGCAAAAUAUGUUUUAUUGUGAAACAAAAAAUAAAUAUGACAAAAAAACAGAAAACAUGAGUGUGCAUAACUAUUCACCCCCCCCAAAGUCAAUACUUUGUAGAGCCACCUUUUUGCAGUAAUUACAGCUGCAAGUCUCUUGGGGUAUGUCUCUAUAAGCUUGGCACAUCUAGCAACUGGGAUUUUUGCCCAUUCUUUAAGGCAAAACUGCUCCAGCUCCUUCAAGUUGGAUGGGUUCCGCUGGUGUAUAGCAAUCUUUAAGUCAUACCACAGAUUCUCAAUUGGAUUGAGGUCUGGGCUUUGACUAGGCCAUUCCAAGACAUUUAAAUGUUUCCCCUUAAACCACUCAAGUGUUGCUAAAGCCCAGCUCUGUGGAGUGUACGGCUUAAAGUGGUCCUAUGGACAGAUACUCCAAUCUCCGCUGUGGAGCUUUGCAGCUGCUUCAGGGUUAUCUUUGGUCUCUUUGUUGCCUCUCUGAUUAAUGCCCUCCUUGUCUGGUCCGUGAGUUUUGGUGGACGGCCCUCUCUUGGCAGGUUUGUUGUGGUGCCAUAUUCUUUCAAUUUUUAAUAAUGGAUUUAAUUGUGCUCCGUGGGAUGUUCAAUGUUUCUGAUAUUUUUUUAACCCAACCCUGAUCUGUACUUCUCCACAACUUUGUCCCUGACCUGUUUGGAGAGCUCCUUGGUCUUCAUGGUGCCGCUUGCUUGGUGGUGCCCCUUGCUUACUGGUGUUGCAGACUCUGGGGCCUUUCAGAACAGGUGUAUAUAUACUGAGAUCAUGUGACAGAUCAUGUGACACUUAAAUAAAGUCCACCUGUGUGCAAUCUAACUAAUUAUGUGACUUCUGAAUGUAAUUGGUUGCACCAGAUCUUAUUUAGGGGCUUCAUAGCAAAGGGGGUGAAUACAUAUGCACGUACCACUUUUCCGUUAUUUAUUUUUUAGAAGUUUUUGAAAUAAGUUUUAUUUUCCAUUUCACUUCACCAAUUUGGACUAUUUUGUGUAUGUCCAUUACAUGAAAUCCAAAUAAAAAUCAAUUUAAAUUACAGGUUGUAAUGCAACAAAAUAGGAAAAACGCCAAGGGGGAUGAAUACUUUUGCAAGGUACUGUAUGUAGAGUAUGUACAGUGAGGGACAAAAGUAUUUGAUCCCCUGCUGAUUUUGUACGUUUGCCCACUGACAAAGAAAUGAUCAGUCUAUAAUUUUAAUGGUAGGUUUAUUUGAACAGUGAGAUACAGAAUAACAACAACAAAAUCCAGAAAAAUGCAUGUAAAAAAAAUUAUAAAUUGAUUUGCAUUUUUAAGAGGGAAAUAAGUAUUUGACCCCCUCUCAAUCAGAAAGAUUUCUGGCUCCCAGGUAUCUUUUAUACAGGUAACGAGCUGAGAUUAGGAGCACACUCUUAAAGGGAGUGCUCCUAAUCUCAGUUUGUUACCUGUAUAAAAAACACCUGUCCACAGAGGCAAUCAAUCAAUCAGAUUCCAAACUCUCCACCAUGGCCAAGACCAAAGAGCUCUCCAAGGAUGUCACGGACAAGAUUGUAGACCUACACAAGGCUGGAAUGGGCUACAAGACCAUCGCCAAGCAGCUUGGUGAGAAGGUGACAACAGUUGGUGUGAUUAUUCGCAAAUGGAAGAAACACAAAAUAACUGUCAAUCUUCCUCGGCCUGGGGCUCCAUGCAAAAUCUCACCUCGUGGAGUUGCAAUGAUCAUGAGAACGGUGAGGAAUCAGCCCAGAACUACACGGGAGGAUCUUGUCAAUGAUCUCAAGGCAGCUGGGACCAUAGUCACCAAGAAACAAUUGGGAACACACUACGCCGUGAAGGACUGAAAUCCUGCAGCGCCCGCAAGGUCCCCCUGCUCAAGAAAGCACAUAUACAGGGCCGUCUGAAGUUUGCCAAUGAACAUCUGAAUGAUUCAGAGGAGAACUGGGUGAAAGUGUUGUGGUCAGAUGAGACCAAAAUCGAGCUCUUUGGCAUCAACUCAACUCGCCGUGUUUGGAGGAGGAGGAAUGCUGCCUAUGACCCCAAGAACACCAUCCCCACCGUCAAACAUGGAGGUGGAAACAUUAUGCUUUGGGGGUGUUUUUCUGCUAAGGGGCAGGACAACUUCACCACAUCAAAGGGACGAUGGACGGGGCCAUGUACCGUCAAAUCUUGGGUGAGAACCUCCUUCCCUCAGCCAAGGCAUUGAAAAUGGGUCAUUAAUGGGUAUUCCAGCAUGACAAUGACCCAAAACACACGGCCAAGGCAACAAAGGAGUGGCUCAAGAAGAAGCACAUUAAGGUCCUGGAGUGGCCUAGCCAGUCUCCAGACCUUAAUCCCCUAGAAAAUAUGUGGAGGGAGCUGUAGGUUCGAGUUGCCAAACGUCAGGCUCGAAACCUUAAUGACUUGGAGAAGAUCUGCAAAGAGGAGUGGGACAAAAUCCCUCCUGAGAUGUGUGCAAACCUGGUGGCCAACUACAAGAAACGUCUGACCUCUCAGACAGGGAGAGGUUGAACAUGUCAGUGAAGACACUUGCCAGUUGGUCAGCGCAUGCUCAGAGUACACGUCUUGGUAAUCCGUCUUGCACUGCGGCCUUGUGAAUGUUGUCCUGUUUAAAGGUCUUACUCACAUCGGCUACGGAGAGCGUGAUCACAGUCGUCCGGAAUAGCUGAUGCUCUCAUGCAUGUUUCAGUGUUACUUGCCUCGAAGCGAGCAUAUAAAUAAUUGAGCUCGUCUGGUAUGCUCGUGUCACUGGGCAGCUCGCGGCUGUGCUUCCCUUUGUAGGCUGUAAUAGUUUGCGAUCCCUGCAACAUCCGACGGGCGUCGGAGCCAGUGUAGUACGAUUCGAUCUUAGUCCUGUAUUGACACUUUGCCUGUUUGAUGGUACGUCGGAGGGCAUAGCGGGAAUUCUUAUAAGCUUCCGGGUUAGAGUCCCGCUCCUUGAAGUGGCAGCUCUACCCUUUAGCUCAGUGCGGAUUUUGCCUGUAAUCCAUGGCUUCUGGUUGGGGUAUGCAAGUACAGUCACUGUGAGGAUGACGUCAUCAAUGCAUUUAUUGAUGAAGCCAGUGACUGAUGUGGUGUACUCCUCAAUGCCAUCGGAAGAAGCCCGGAACAUAUUCCAGUCUGUGCUAGCAAAACAGUCCUGUAGCUUAGCAUCUGCUUCAUCUGACCACUUUUUUAUUGACAGAGUCGCUGGUGCUUCCUGCUUUAGUUUUUGCUUGUAAGCAGGAAUCAGGAGGAUAGAAUUAUGGUCAGAUUUGUCAAAUGGAGGGCGAGGAAGAGCUUUAUACGCGUCUCUGUGUGUGGAGUAAAGGUGGUCUAGAGUUUUUUUCCCUCUGGUUGCACAUUUAACAUGCUGGUAGAAAUUAGGUUAAACAGACAGUUGAUAUUGAGAUGUGCCUUUGACUUGAACUCUGUGAAGCAUUUAUUUGGGAUGCAAUUUCUGAGGUUGGUAACUCAAAUGAACUUAUCCUCUGCAGCAGAGGUAACUCUGGGUCUUCCGUUCCUGUGGUGGUCCUCAUGAGAGCCAGUUUCAUCAUAGCGCUUGAUGGUUUUUGCGACUGCUCUUGAAGAAACGUUCAAAGUUCUUGAAAUGUUCCAUAUUGACUGACCAUCAUGUCUGAAAGUAUUGAUGGACUGUCGUUUCUCUUAUCUUGUUUGAGUUGUUCUUGCCAUAAUCUUCUGUAUACCACCACUACCUUGUCACAACACAACUGAUUGGCUCAAACACAUUAAGAAGGAAAUAAAUUCCACAAGUUAACUUUUAACAAGGCACACCUGUUAAUUGAAAUAUAUUCCAGGUGACUACCUCAUGAAGCUGGUUGAGAGAAUGCCAAGAGUGUGCAAAGCUGUCAUCAAGGCAAAGGGUGGCUAUUUGAAGAAUCUUAAAUAUAAAAUAUAUUUUGAUUUGUUUAACACUUUUUUGGUUACUACAUGAUUCCAUAUGUGUUAUUUCAUAGUUUUGAUAUCUUCACUAUUAUUCUAUAGUGUAAAAAAUAGUAAAAAUAAAGAAAGACCCUUGAAUGAGUAGGUGUGUCCAAACUUUUGACUGGUAGUGUAUGUAUGGGGGACAGAGUGGUGCAGUGGUCUAAGGCACUGCAUCUCAGUGCUUGAGGCGUCACUACAGACCCCCUGGUUCGAUUCCAGGCUGUAUCACAACUGGCUGUGAUUGGGAGUCCCAUAGGGUGGCGCACAAUUGGCCCAGCGUCAUCCGGGUUUGGCCGGUGUAGGCCGUCAUUGUAAAUAAUAAUUUGUUCUUAACUGACUUGCCUAGUUAGAUAAAUAAAAUGUAUGUACAGUAUGUAUAUUUUUACUGCUCUGGGGAUGUAGUAAUUUUUUGGAUAACCUUAUUUACUAUUAUGUAUAGAUUUUUUUGUUUAUAUUUCUCACUCUUUAUGCGAAUUGCACUGCAGAGAACACCGGAGGAAUUAUCAAAGUGAAUAAUUGUAAUGUUUGUUUAUGUGUCAAUUAAUCCCAUAAGGGAUGGGUUGCCAACUGGCGAUAUGACACGAAAAUAAAAUGUCAUAUAAUAUACUUUAUAUGGCUCUGGUGGGGCCCUAUUUAAAUCACUGUUCUCUUGAUAUAUUUGAAUCUACAUUCUCUUAUUACACCACUGUGACUUGCAAACAAUUUUUAAAAAAGGUUUUAAGGUAUGGGAUUUAAAUUUGACGGCCUGAUAGGGAACGACUCAUUUUCUAUAUUGAGUGAGUGCAUGAGAUUUGUGGCAAUCUUUUCCCCCGUCUUCCAAACUCAAGCAAAUGUUGUGUGUUUUGUGUGCAUUGUGCAGAGCAAGAAGCAGUAUUACGACGGUGAGCUGGAGCGGGUAGAGAAGCAGUAUGUGCAGCAGAGCAGCCGCAUGGAGACAGAGCACACAGCCAGGCUCAGAGAGGACGCACGCAGACUCAAGAGCCAGCAGGAGAGAGAGCUGAACCGCAAGGGUGCCGUACUGAAGGCUCAACCCAGAGAGGUACACCCAUGCGCACGCAAACACACACGCACACAAACGCACGCACACACACACACGCACGCACACACACACACGCAAGUACAACACGCACACACAGAGAUCCCUUGGUAUAUCUUGUUUCCUCUUGUGUUCAUCCUAGGAGGCGCGUUACCUGCAGAAGCAGCAGCAGGAGCUCAAUGAGACUCUCCAGAAAGGAGUCCAGGAACACAAGAGGAAGGUGGCUUCUAUGGAGUGGGACAUCACUGUCAAGACCCAGCAACUUAAGCGAGGUACACACACACACACACGCACGCACACGCAUAGCACACACUUACAUAUGCAUGCACAUACGCACACACAUGCACACGCACGCACACACUCACAAAUUAGUUACGAUUAUGGGCUGCUUUAUGACAAUGGUUAGGCACAAAUCACAGACCGACAGGAAAUUAGACAUUUACCAAAAUGGUGACAUUGAUUGUGUUUGUGCCAAUAUAAAUAUUUUAUUCAUUCACAUGUAUGGGCUCUUUGCCUGCAGCCCGGGAAUCAGUCAUUUGGGAGAUGGAGCAGCGUCAUCUGCAGGAGAAGUACCACCUCUUCAAGCAGCAAGUGAAGGAGCAGUAUUCACUGCAAAGACAACAGGUUACCAAGAGGCACAGCAAAGUGAGUUGGAACGCUCUCACUAAGAACCCUAACCCCCCAACACACACACACACACACCAUGACACCAUGACCAUGAUCCCCUCUCCCCUGUUCCUUCUUAGGACACAGACAGGGCGUCCCAGUUCCAUCGAGCAUUGCUGGAUGAGCAGAGGGCCCAGCAGGCCCAGGAGAAGACCAAGCUCCAACGAGCCCAGCGCACCGAGGCCAAGGCCAGGCUGGCCAACUUCAAGCUAGAGCUGAAGAUAAUGGGCCUGAGUGGGCCAGAGCACAGGCAGCACCUCACACUGGUUAGUACAGGGACUUGAACAGCUUCUCAGUUCCCAAAUAGUUAACAUUCUUUGCAGUGCUCACUUGGCCACUAGUAAUUGUUUGUUUGGCAAUCCUCUUUGUCUCUGUCUCUUUUUCUCUCUCUCUCACAAUGUAUAUUUAUGUCUCUCUCUCUCUCUCUCUCUCUCUGGAUGUCAGUUUAUGUCGUCGGAGGAGGGCAGGCAGCGAGAGGAGAGGCAGAGUUUGCAGCAGGUCCAGGAGGGCCAGCUGAGGGAGGUGCAGGAGCAGUGUGACGGCAAUAUGUCCGAACUCCAGGAGCUGCAGGUGCACUACACUACACCCCAUGUGUUAGGAAGCUCAUUGGGUUGUAGAUAUUAAUAUUAUAUCUACUAUAAAUUGGUGUACUCUAUAAUAUAAUGUAUUCAUAUAAUCAAAUAAGCAUAAUUGAUUAUAUGAAGAAAAUAAAAAAAAUGAAUGUGUGUGUGCUCAUGUGUGUUUCAGAAUGAAAAACUGCAGCUGUUAGUGGACAUGGAAAAGAAGAAGAUACGGAGAUUAGAGGAUGAACACACUCUGGAGCUGAACGAGUGGAAAGACAAGCUGGCCUGCAGGAAAGAGGUAUGGGAGACAGAGAGAGAAAGAGAGGAUGUUGUGGGAAUAGUGUGUUGAAUGGCAAAGCAAGUAGGGAGAAAGGAGACAGUGAGUGGAUAUUGUUCAAUGUUCAGCUGCCAUAUCCAUUAGCCAUGCACACCAUGCUAACAGGUUAACGAUGAGAGGCAACAGGGCAGCAUUUCAAAUCUGAAAACAUGCUCCCUUCGUACUUGUUGACCUUGAAGAUCUGAAAAGGUUAAUUAAGGUUAGGUAUGGCUCCAGGGAGAAAUGGGCAUUGCUCAAUGUUCAGUUGUCAUAUCCAUUAGACAUGCAUACACUUCUAACAGCUUGCUACACUUGAACUUGUUGACUUGACCUUGAUUGUUCAAUGAGGGUAUAGUCUGUCUGUUUGUCUGUCCGUCCAUCCGUGUUUGAACGUGUUUCUGCCUGAGUGUCCAGGCAUAGCCUCGUAAAGUGUGUCUGUGUAUCUAUCUGUGUGUCUGUCUGUCCAUCCGUCAUCCAUCCAUCUGUCUGUGUUUGAAUAUGUUUCUGUCUUUGUGUGCAGGUGUUGGAGGAAGACCUGGCUCGCCGGAGGAGAGAGAAGGAGGGAGCGAAGAGACGGGGGAGUGAGCCUGAGUCCAGGUUUGCACCUCGACGCUCACGGUUCUUCUCAAGCCUCAAUUUCUCUUAA